GACUCUUGUCCUUCAAGCUGGGAAGAUGUGCAUAAACUGCUUUGACAAGGGCUCCCGAUAAAGUGCUGACAUUUCGUGAGGAAAUAUGAUAUAAAGUUAGUCUUCAGUCUGUGCUUCACUCAUACAAAGAAUAACCAUGGCCGCGUCUUCUGGCGUCGAGUACACCAUAGGUGGGGUGAAGAUUAACUUCCCCUGCAAGGCUUACCCCUCCCAGCUGGCCAUGAUGAACUCGAUUGUGCGUGGUCUGAACCAUGGGCAGCACUGUCUGCUGGAGAGUCCUACAGGCAGUGGGAAGAGCCUGGCCCUGCUCUGCUCUGCACUGGCCUGGCAACAAGGACAGUAUGCCAAGGUGGCCAGUGAGAAGAACAGUGGCAGCCCACCUGAUGACUGCAAGAAGCCGUCCCUCCCCACACCCUGCCAGUGUGCCUGCCACAGUGCAGCAGCGAAGACCACCUCUCCCAAAGCUGCUGUAUCACAAGCAGGGCCAGUCAUAGUGGACCUCACUGGCCCACACACAGAUGCUGCCACCUGUAGUUCCCAUCCUGCAGAGAAAGGGCCGGAAAAGACAGGGUCUCUGGCCUCUAGGCUGUCUGGAAAGCUGCAGGAAUCUCUCCAAGGGGGUAAUGAAGACCAGGAUGAGGACUUCCAGACCGAAAAGAAGCGCCUUCGCACUCCUGCACAGGACCCAAGGCAAAGCAAGAGGCGGUGCAUAGAUCGCGGGGUGAUCUAUAUUGAUGACGAGGAUGGGACAGGGAGGCCUGUGCCUGGAGCCCAGGGCUGGACCAUGGAGCUCAGCACCCAGGCCCGCGGACACGGGGCCCUGCCCUCACCUGAGACCUGUUCCCCAGUGGUCUGUACGCUGUGUCCCUGUGCUGGUGCCAAGGGUGGACACAAAGGUUCCGCAGGGGAGAAAGAGAAGGACAAGUGCUGCGGAGGAGGAGAAGGGGAGAAGAAGAGGAAGAUUCCCAAGAUCUUCUUUGGCACGCGUACGCACAAGCAGAUCACGCAGAUCGCCCACGAGCUGAAGCGCACGCUGUACUCCAGCACGCCCAUGACCAUCCUGUCCAGCCGAGACCACACCUGCGUCAACCCAGACGUGGCGCCGCACGCCAACCGCAACGAGCGCUGCAAGGAGCUGCUGGACGCCAAAGAGGGCCGGAGCUGCAGGUACUACCAGAAUGUGCACAAGAUGCGCGAGCAGAGCACCCUGCAGUGGAAACACGGGCUGCACCAGGCCUGGGACAUCGAGGAGCUGACCAAGCUGGGCUCCAAGCUGCGCUCCUGUGCCUACUACGCCGCCCGGGAGCUCAUGGUAGAGGCCUGUAUCGUCUUCUGCCCCUACAACUACCUCCUGGACCCCCUCAUCAGGGAGAGCAUGGAAAUCAACCUGAAGGGUCAGAUCGUGGUGCUGGACGAGGCCCACAACAUCGAGGACUGUGCGCGGGAGAGUGCCAGCUACACGGUGAACCAGAAGGAGCUGCUGGGGGCCCGCGAGGAGCUGGAGGCCAUGGUCACGCACAGAAUACGGCCCAACGAGCACCGCGCCCUAUUGGGCUUCGUCUGCAGCCUCACCAACUGGGUGCAGGAGAGCAGUGGCAUGCUGAAGGAGCGUGACUAUGAGAGUUCUAGUAAGGUGUGGACUGGGAGGGAGGUGCUGGCCAUCUUCCACCAGAUGGGCAUCACCGCAGAAACCUUCAGCAUGCUGCAGAAGAGCCUGGCAGCAGUGCUGGAGAAGGAGGAGCGGAUUGGCAUGGUGAACGGCCGAGAGGACACGGUCACGGUGCCCACCAUCGGAGCUGGCACCCAGUCCAUCCUCAAGAGCCUCUUCAUGGUGCUGGAGUACCUCUUCAGGCAGGAGAGCCGGUUUGCGGAGGACUACCGCGUGGCACUGCAGCAAACCUAUGCCUGGGUGGUGCCCUCGGACUUGCCCGACGCCAACGGCUUCUUCGCCCGGCCGAACCGCCGACGCCAGAGCGCCAAAACCAAGACCCUCGUACACACACUCAGCUUCUGGUGCCUCAACCCCGCUGUGGCCUUCUCGGACCUGAGUGGCUCGGUGCACAGCAUCGUGCUGACGUCAGGCACCCUCUCCCCCAUGGACUCCUUCUCCUCAGAGCUGGGCAUCGGCUUCCCCAUACAGCUGGAGGCCAGCCACGUCAUACACAAGUCUCAGGUGUGGGUGGGCACCCUUGGCACAGGGCCUCAGGGUCGGAAGCUGUGUGCCACCUUCCAGCACACGGAGACAUUCGCCUUCCAGGACGAGGUGGGGGCCCUGCUACUCAACGUGGUGCAGACCAUGGCCAGGGGAGUGCUCUGCUUCCUGCCCUCUUACAAGAUGCUGGACAAGUUGCGUGACCGUUGGAUCAACACUGGGCUGUGGGAGAAGCUGCAGGAGCGCAAGACUGUGAUCACAGAGCCGCGUGGAGGAGGGAAGGGGGACUUUGACGAGCUGCUGCAGACCUACUACGAUGCUAUCAGGCACAGUGGGCAGCAAGAUGGGGCGCUGUUGAUGGCUGUGUGCAGAGGGAAGGUGAGUGAGGGCCUGGAUUUCACCGAUGACAACGCCAGAGCUGUGGUCACCAUCGGAAUCCCCUUCCCCAACAUCAAAGACCUCCAGGUGGAGUUGAAGAUGAAGUAUAACGAUCAUCACUGCAAAGCCAGAGGUCUGUUGACUGGCAGCCGAUGGUAUGAGAUACAGGCCUACCGAGCCCUCAACCAGGCCCUGGGAAGGUGUAUCCGUCACCGUAACGAUUGGGGCGCUCUCAUUUUGGUGGACGAUAGAUUCAGAUCAAACCCCAACAAGUACAUUACAGGUCUGUCCAAGUGGGUGCGUCAGCUGGUGCUACACCACAACAGCUUUGGCGGCGCCAUGGAGUCCCUCCGCACCUUCUCCCGGUGCCAACAGGGGGCAGCAGAGAACCAUGCGGCCAAGAUGGCAGCACAAUCACCACCUAACCCCCCUCAUCAUCCUCACCAUCUUCCUCUUCCUCAAACCCCCUCCUUCUCCUCCGUGUCCACCUCCUCCGUCUGUGGUAAUACUCUUCUAUCCCCCCCUCCACACCCUGGAGACUCAGGAGUAAGGGGCCCUCAGCUCCCGGCUGCCUGCCCAGCGGAGGUGAGGGGACAGGGGGCUGAGAGGCCUGCCGCCACGUGGACCCCUCCACCUCCUCCCAGACUGCGCAUCUCCAUCCCCAUAGAGCAUGGUUCCGGCGCAGGUGAUCAGAAGGGUGUUCGUCCUCCGUUGGCUCCACUGUCCGUAGGUGAGACGGGUAACAACACCACCUCCACCUCCACCCCCCAACAUGCCACUCAAAAGCCCCUCUACCACCUCUUCACCUCCACCCCUGUGAGCACACGCCACAAGACCCCUCUCUUCCAGCCCAGGGACUCGGAGAAGGGCAGCAAAAAGUUUGUUCCCCCUCCAGAAUGUGCCUCUACUAGCCGGAAGCCCGAGGAACAAGUGGCCAUGCCCUCAGGGUCUGCUGCACAGACUACUAAGGCAUCUGAUCCCAUGCCUACUGUGGAUCUGACCGUCUCUCCAGUGAAGAAGGCGCCACCACCACAGAUGCCUGUGGCCGCGGAGGCAAUCACAGAACCUAAAACAGAGAACGUCACAGCACCUGCAGAGGAAUGUGUCGAAGACAGUGAGGGAGAGCAGGACGAGAGCGUCUUCUACACCCCUGAACUGUUUGGCAGUGAGGAGGAGGAAGGUGAUGGGGAGGAUGAUGGUAGUGAUGAAGAGGGCGAUCAUAAAGACUUGACUUCCAUCUUCCUGCAGAAAGGAUCUCCAGAACGGACUAGUAAAGAAAGGACACAUGCCAGAGGCAUCCCAGAGUGCUCUGGGGCAGCCACCGCCAAAAAAGGACACUCAGUGGCGGACGAGACGCACAGGGCCGUGGUAGAGGAGAGUGAGAGAAGCAGCACCUGCAGUACCACCCAUGACCCCCAGGGCAGCACUGUGUCUACAGACAGGCAACCAACAAAAAGGGCAACAUUACAGAGGCAGGCAGCAGAGGGGCAAGAGCAGCAGACUGUACACAGCAGGGCAGGAAUAGGCAGAGAGAAAGCCAACGCAGGGCAGAGGCAUUUACCUCUACAGACACAGAACCAGGUGCAGGCACAGGAGCAGAGUCAGGCCCAAACCCAGACCCAAACCCAGACCCAGACCCAGGGCAAGGAGGCAGGCAGCAGCAGGUCCCACAGGCUCUCCAGGUCUAGGCAGAAAGGCCCCAGGGAUUCUUCCAGCUCAGGUUGUGCCUCGCAAGACGGUGAAUCCAGCAGUGCAGGCAAGACCAACUUUGGCAAGGCUCCAGCCCCUAGCAGACGUAGGGGCAGGGGUCCAAAUCGCCCUGCUACUUCAGAACCACUUCCCAAUCCAGCUCACUCAGAACCUCAUACUAAACCAGUGGCUGCAGCUAAGCCUGUGGCAGCAAUGAAGUCAGUGUCAGCAGCUAGGCCAGUUCCUGAACAUAAGCAACUGGUAGCAGGGAAGGUGACUGCCGCUAGGGUCACAUCAAGGGAUUCAACAUGUCCAACUCAGCUACAGCCUCCAGCUAAGCGAGGAGCAGCAGUGGAAUCGGUGGCAACUGUUCCAGAACGUAAGCAAGCGUUUGUGGCGAAGGUGACCACCUCCAGGGUUCCAGCGUGCCCUGUUCUUUCAGCAGUUCUAGACCCACCACCUCCCCCAGCUCAGCCACUGCUUCCAGCUGAGCCAGUGUCAGUAGCGAAGGCAAAGAGAGCAGCGAAGACGGCACUGUCAGCUAAGCCAGCAGCAGCAGCAAAGCCACUUGCGUCCAAAGCCAGCCAGGAGGAGCCAAGGCAGCAAGAUGGAGGUUCAGGAACAGCUAGUAAGCAAGAGACUUGUGAGGCAGCUACAGGUGGCAGAGCGCAGCGAGACCUCUUCUGUCAGCAGUACACCAGGCGACAGGCCAAGGCAGAAGCGCCCAAAGUGACUCAGCCCACCAGGAAGAGGGGCAGAAAGGCAGGGAAAGAGGAGAAAACAUUGGCUGAGUCCCCACCAUGCGAUCAAGAUGCCGGGGCCGGGACGUCUGAAGACAGGGUCCCUACAGGUCGGACCAUAGUCGGGUUUGAGAUAGUCACCCCGCCUCAGUACAAUAGCCUUGCUCGUGUUGAGCAGACUAUGAAGGGAAAAGCCAUCAAACAGGAAGUGGAGCACAGGUGCACUGAAGCUCAGGCUGAACAGAAAGGUAUGACGAUGGUCCAUCCUUGGUCCAUCCAACCAGAAUACUCAUUUAGAGUUGGUAAUAAGGAGAGACAUACGUACACUGAUGGGCAACCUGAAUUCUGAAGCUUCGUUUGUUAAAUGAA